AUGGACCUCGCUCCAUCUCUCAACACAAUCGCAGCUUUAGCCUUCGUCGCCCUCGCCCUCGCCCUCUAUCACUCACAUCGACGAACCACCAAGCUUCCUCCUCCACCUCCCAUGGCGGGGGGCCGGCGGCCCAUAAUCGGCCACCUCGGGCUGUUCACGGCCCACAACAGUCUCCCCCACGUAACCCUCGGAGCCCUGGCAGACAAACACGGCCCAAUCUUCACGAUCCAGCUCGGGAUCCACCGAGCCGUGGUCGUCAACUCGUGGGAACUCGCCAAGGAGCUAUACUCAGACCACGACUUGAUCAUCUCCACGCGCCCGAACCUCACCGCCACCAGGCUGCUCGGCUACGACAUGGUCAUGUUCGGGUUCGCCCCCCACGGCGGCUACUGGCGGGAGAUGAGGAAAUUCGUCAUACUUGAGCUCCUCUCCCAUCGUAAAAUCGAGUUGUUGAGAGAUGUUCGAGCGUCCGAAGUAGCAUGUCUAGUCAACGAGAUCAACGGGCUUUGGAAGGAGAAGAACAGUGGCAGAGUCAAGUUGUCUCCAGGAGGGACUAUAGCUCCUCUCAACUUUCAAAAGGGAGAGGACGGGGCGGUUGAGAUCGAGCUGAAGAGGUUGUUUGGGGACAUGACGCUGAACGUGAUCAUGAGGAUGGUUGUCGGGAAGAGGCUGUUCGGUAGGGGUGGCGGCGGGGUUGAGGAGGAGGAGGCGCGGCGGUGCAGCGAGGCGAUAAGGGGGUUGUUCCACUACUUGGGUAUGUUUGUGCUGAGAGACGCGCUGCCGUUUUUGGGUUGGAUGGACGUGGGAGGGCACGAGAAGGCGAUGAAGAGGAUUGCUGAAGAGCUGGAUGGGUUUCUUGAUGGAUGGUUGGAGGAGCACCGGAGGAAAAGAGGCGCCGCCGGUGAUGGCGGCGGGGAAGGGGAGCAGGACUUCAUGGGCGUGAUGCUGGCCGUGCUGGAUGGUGCGAAGUUUGAAUUUGAAGGGCAUGAUCCUGAUGUCAUUAACAAGUCAGCUUGUUUGAACCUAAUCGCCCGGGGAACAGACACAACAACAGUGACACUUACGUGGGCAAUUUCCUUACUCCUCAACAACAACGACGUCCUGCUAAAAGCCUACCAAGAGCUAGAUAAACAGGUAGGCACGCAAAGACCGGUCAACGAAUCCGACAUUCCAAACCUCACCUAUCUCCAAGCCAUAGUAAAAGAGACAUUACGCCUCUACCCGGCGGCGCCGCUGUCGGGCCCACGCGAGUUCACGUCGGACUGCGUCGUCGGCGGCGGCUACCACAUUCCGAAGGGCACCCAGCUCAUAACCAACAUCUGGAAGAUCCAGACCGACCCGCGGGCCUGGACCGAGCCGCUGGAGUUUCGGCCCGAGAGGUUCCUGGGCCGGACUGGUGGUGGGCUGGGCUCCGAGUACAUGCCGUUCGGGAGCGGGAGGAGGUCGUGCCCGGGGAUGGCGUUUGGGAUCCAUAUGGUGAAUUCGGUUCUGGCUAGCUUUUUGCAUGCGUUUGAGAUUCGGAGGGUUGGAGAUGAUGCGGUGGUUGAUAUGACGGAGAGCCCUGGGCUGACUAAUAUGAAGGCUACGCCGCUUGAGGUUUUGGUUUCACCUCGGCUGCCUCUCGAAGUUUAUGGCGGAUGAUCGUAUGUCGUUGGAUUUGGAUCAAAUAGUUCGAUAUACAAAGUCUAUAAUAAGUUAGUAGUUGGGGCUACAUAUCUCGAGUGUAUAUUAUGCAAACUAUAUAUUGUGAGUGUACUUUAGUUUGUUUAUGUAAUUAUGUUGAGUUUUCAUGCUAUUAGAGAGUGGUAUAAGAUCCAGCAGAACCUUCUCCCAACAAAUCGAAUUAUUGGGAUCAACUGGUUCUUGACAUGGUAUCAGAGCUUGUUUGCCAAGUUGUCGUGUGUUCGAAUCUCCAAGACCCCCAAUAUUAACAGUUGAUUAAAGCACAAUGUAUGGUGGGUCUGUGUAAAGAGAAUUCAUAUAUCAGUU